AUGACCCGGAGCACGGUAGCUGGAUGUUCGAGGAAGACAGCCUCAGACCCGGAGGUUGCUCCAUCUUGCCCUUCCCCCCGGCUGCUGCGGAUGCAGGCCCUGCCACCUCCACGCUCGACGAAGCGCCGUAAACGACUGGUUCAGCACAACUACUACUUUGCCGGGAGCCCGACCACCUCGGCCAACCUUCCCCAGUUCCUCUGCCAGGACGCACAGAACGCAGUUGACGAUCGCUUCCCUGUCUUCGUGGGUGAGUGGUCCAUCGAGGCUGCGUCCAACAACACGCUUGUCAGUAGACCUCGGAACUUGAACACUGGCUUGAAAGCAUGGGCCCAGUAUACGCGGGGCAGCAGCUUCUGGACCUGGAAAUUUCGCGGCAAUGUCCCAGUGAAUGGUGAGGGUACGCAGGCCAAAUACUGGAAUUGA